AUGGGCUCCCAAGUCAGCGAAACCCCGGCGCUCGCCACGAACCCCAAAUUCAUAUUCUUCACCGACUUUGAUGGCACAAUCACCCUCGAGGACUCCAACGACUUCCUGACGGACAAUGUCGGCUACGGCUACGAGAACCGCCGCGCCGGCAACCUGCUCGUCCUCGAGGGCAAGAAGCACUUCCGCGACAGCUUCCAGGAGAUGAUGGACUCGGUCAAACUCCCCUUUGACCAGUGCAUCGAGUACCUGAAGAGCAACGUCAAGCUCGACCCGGUGUUCAAGGAGUUCUAUACCUGGUGCCGCGCCAAUAACGUCCCCGUCGUCAUUAUCAGCGGCGGCAUGCGGCCCAUCAUCCGCGCCCUGUUGGUGCAGUGGCUCGGCGAGGACGAGGUUGACGGGCAUAUCCAGAUUGUGAGCAACCAGGUUGCGCCGCGCGAGGGGAAAGCGAGCAUCAACGAGGAGGGCGGGUGGCGGAUCGUCUACCACGACGACAGUAUCCACGGCCACGACAAGUCGAUUGAGCUGCGCAAGUACUCGUCGCUGCCCGAGAGGCCCGUCAUGUUCUACGCGGGCGACGGCGUCUCUGAUUUGUCUGCUGCGCGCGAGACGGAUUUGUUGUUUGCCAAGCGCGACAAAGAUCUUGUCGCGUACUGCGAAAAGGAGGGCAUUUCCUUUGUCACCUUCAACGAUUUCUCCGAUAUCCUGUCUACGGUCAAGCAGAUUGUCGAGGGCAAGCUCAGCGUCAAGGACGCCGCGCGGGGACGCAUCCACUAG